CUAGUAUGACUGGUAGUUACUACUAUUCAAUAUUGCCUCGAUGAGUCAUCAAGCUGCGUCUUUUCACUUCUGCCUCUAUCCAAGUCUUCUUCUUCAGCUCUCCUUUCUGCAUUGAUACCUCUUUCUUGUCUUGUCUUUGUUUCGUUUGCUAUUAUUUUCUAUUCUUCUAUUUUCUGUCAUUCUGUCAUUCUGUCAUUCUUCUUUUCUGUCAUUCUGUUGCGAGCAUUUCUGUUCUUGAUCUACUGAUCUAAAAUGACCAUCAUUGAAACAACGACAUAUUCAAAAUGCAGAUUAAAAGCAAGUCCAGACCUGGACCAUGGCGAAGACAACAACCUCUCGCUUUCCACCUCAGUGAACGCCAAUGUCCUCCUGUUGAACAUCUGCUCCAACGGCACCCUCAGCCGCCACGGCUUCUACGCCAAAGUGUCGUCCAUCAUCGUCGACGCAAGCAUCCCCGUCUCGUUAUUCCUGACCUCUGACCGCCGGAUCUCCAUUGCAGUGGACGCAAGGCAGGUGACGACAGAUCCAGACCUCACGAUCGUCCAGAAGAGACUGUCGGACUACGGCGUCGUCACGGUCUCGGACCAUCUGGCGAUUCUGUCCAUCACCCUUCCUUCCACAGGUGCGGGGGGGGACCGGUCUGCUUUCCGGAUCGUGUCGGCCUUGUCUGCCUGUGGGAUUGAGAGCGAGAUGGUUUCUUACGGAGCCACGCAACCUACCAUAUCGUGUAUGCUUCGGAAAGAAGAUGUUUCGCGUGCCUUGGAGACACUAAAUAGUGUGUCUAUGUAAUAUAUGAUAAUGAUUAUAGAUCCUUGUUUAUUACCAUGUUACUAUUAGCAUACUGCCAUAUUUAUGGCUACUGCUACUUCCUCGCAUCAUGCCCCCAGUUCUUCAGCGACUUGUAACUUUUACUGUUCACGUCUUCUUUGGCCUUUUCCUCCUGCGCCAGAUGGCGUUUGCAGUACGCCACCACCCGGCGCAUAUGGUCGAUAUCUUCAUCUUCGUAGCUCGAAGGGUCCUUCGAGGGAUUCUUUUCCAGAAUGUCGACUAUCUUGCGGCCACUCUCAUGACCGAUGCUUUCGCCAGACUCGUUGCGCCAGCCGGACGACUGGGACUGUUCUUCCUUCAG